AGUUACUCUUUUGCUGCUCAUCGAAGCGAGUGACGAGACACAGGAUAUGUGCAGGUGAAGUUAGCGCAAGUCAUGUCGCAACUAUCACAUCUGGCGACAUGUGCAAGUUUGCCAGAUAGUACUGCACACUAUGAAGACAACAUCAAUAGCCACUGGCAGAGAGGAACUCUUCGAACAAUAGCGCCCAAGGGACACCAUGCCAUCGCCUACCGACCUAAUGGCUCCUUUAGCUCGUGAGCAUGUUGCAGACAGUCCGUCGGUUUGUUGUGGGUCGCAGUGGGAAAUAUCUCUGAGCGUUAUCAAAUUCCUCAAGCUUGGCUUUGCUUGGGUGAGCUGUUAAAUUCGCCCAGGCCCAAGUCGGGUCGGGUCAGUGAGACAAUUUAUUAGGACAGAAGAUCACACAUCGCAAGCGCCCGUGUCAAUAGAGUAUGUCUGUCGGGUGCAUCCAAGCAAAUAAUAAAUAGCGUAGCACUCCAAGCUCUAGAGACAACAGCAUCCGAGCUC